AUGCAGAAGUCGCGGGAGAUGCGGGACGAGCUCCCCGAGGAUUUCUACAUCCCCAUGACCCUGGACACCCCAAACGUGACGGCGCUGAGCCCCUUCCUGGUACCCCAGACCCACCUGGGCAGCCCCGGCAUCUUCAAGGCCAUGGCGGCCUUCAUGUUCCUGCUGGUGGUGCUGGGCGUCCCCAUCAACGCGCUCACCGUGGUGUGCACGGCCAAGUACAAGAAGCUGAGGUCGCACCUCAACUACAUCCUGGUCAACCUGGCGGUGGCCAACCUGCUGGUGGUGUGCGUGGGCUCCACCACGGCCUUCUACAGCUUCUCGCAGAUGUACUUCGCCCUGGGGCCGCUGGCCUGCAAGAUCGAGGGGUUCGCGGCCACGCUGGGGGGGAUGGUGUCCCUGUGGUCCCUGGCUGUGGUGGCCUUCGAGCGGUUCCUGGUCAUCUGCAAGCCCCUGGGCAACUUCACCUUCCGUGGCAGCCACGCCGUGCUGGGCUGUGCCAUCACCUGGAUCUUCGGCCUCAUCGCCUCCGUGCCCCCCCUCUUCGGCUGGAGCAGGUACAUCCCCGAGGGGCUGCAGUGCUCCUGCGGCCCGGACUGGUACACGACGGACAACAAAUGGAACAACGAGUCCUACGUGAUUUUCCUCUUCUGCUUCUGCUUCGGCUUCCCCCUGAGCGUCAUCGUCUUCUCCUACGGGCGGCUGCUGCUCACCCUGCGCGCG